ACCAUUCUUUUCUUCAUCCGCCUUCCCUCGCUCGCCGUCAUCGUUAAUUCCGUCAGCGGCCUUUCUGGUUUGGAUCCACCACCAAUCCUCGUACACAUUCACGACAACAAUCUGCAAAACAUCGUCACUCUUCAGAUCCAAGCUUCGUUCCUCACAUCACAUGGCCUUCGGCGAUGAUGAUACCCCCUCACUGCCCCUCAAUGAAGACAAGGAUCCCUCCGCCAGUCCAUCAAACCCAACGCGAUCCCUCCCAACAGAAGCCGACGGCGCAGCGUCAAUCGAAAGCAUCACUCACAAAAUCCAAGAAUCCCUCUCCGUGAGCAAGCGGCACCGCUUCUGGGAGACCCAACCGGUCGGCCAAUUCAAAGAUCUCGGCGACGCCUCGCUCCCCGAGGGCCCGAUCGAGCAGCCGAUCACCUUAUCGGACGUAAGACCAGAUACCUACACCCUCCCUGCCCUCUACGAGUGGUCUACCUGCGACGUCGACAACGAUGCCACGGCCGCCGAGGUCUACACCCUCCUUGCUAACAACUACGUUGAAGACGAUGACAACAUGUUUCGCUUUAACUACUCGAAGGAAUUCCUUCGCUGGGCUCUCCGCCCUCCUGGCUACUUCAAGGCUUGGCACAUUGGUGUUCGCGUCAAGGCGAACAAAAAGCUAGUAGCUUUCAUUACCGGCGUUCCUGCUAGGAUUCGUGCUGGAAACGAGGUGGUGCGAAUGGCAGAGGUAAACUUCCUCUGCGUCCACAAGAAGCUGAGAUCCAAGCGGCUUGCCCCUGUUCUCAUCAAGGAGGUCACCCGCCGUGUCCAUCGCGAGGAUAUGUGGCAGGCGGCGUACACGGCCGGCGUUGUCCUCCCGACGCCAAUAGCCACAUGCCAAUAUUGGCAUCGGUCCCUUAACCCAAAGAAGCUCAUUGAUGUGGGGUUCUCCCGUCUUGGCGCGAGGAUGACCAUGAGCCGUACCAUCCGGCUCUACAAGCUUCCGCCUUUGCCAGCCACCCCUGGGUUUAGGAAUAUGGAGUUCCGUGAUGUGCCGGCGGUAACGGCGCUGCUCCGGGAUUACCUGUCCAGGUUUGUAGUUGCGCCAGAUUUGGAUGAGAAGGACGUUGAACACUGGCUACUGCCAAGGGAGGAUGUGGUGGAUAGCUUUUUGGUUGAGAGCCCUGAUAGUCACGAAAUCACUGAUUUCUGUAGCUUUUAUACACUUCCAUCUUUAAUACUCAAUAAUGCAACUUACUCGAACUUGAAGGCGGCAUAUUCUUUCUACAACGUGGCUACAAAGACACCUCUUUUGCAGCUGAUGAAUGAUGCACUCAUCGUUGCGAAGCAGAAGGGUUAUGAUGUCUUUAAUGCAUUGGAUGUUAUGGAGAAUGAGUCCUUCCUGAAGGACCUGAAGUUUGGGCCAGGAGAUGGGAUGCUUCACUACUAUCUGUACAAUUACCGUCUUAAACAUGCUUUGAAGCCUUCUGAACUUGGGCUAGUUCUUUUGUAGACUCUGACGUGCAACUCAUGUUUUUAAUGCUUUGCUAUCAACUUAG